AUGUAUUGGUCAUUUUGUCUUUCAUUGCACUUAACAAUUGCUUUGGAAGUGGGAGUAAAAUCAUCUUUUAUAAGGGAUCCAAAUGUUAUUUGUAAAUUUAUUGGAGCUGAGACUGUGCGGCUUGAUGCACGGACCAAAUUGUUGAACCCCAAGUGGUAUGAAGGAAUGAUGUCUAGCGGAUACGAGGGUGUUCGUGAAAUUGAAAACCGGCUAACAAACACUGUUGGAUGGAGUGCAACUUCAGGUCAAGUCGACAACUGGGUCUAUGAAGAGGCUAACUCAACCUUCAUCCAAGACGAGGAGAUGUUGAACAGACUCAUGAGCACCAACCCGAAUUCAUUUAGGAAGUUGGUGCAGACCUUUUUGGAAGCCAAUGGACGUGGGUACUGGGAAACUUCACAGGAGAACAUUGAGAAGUUGAGGCAGUUGUAUUCUGAAGUUGAAGACAAGAUUGAAGGUAUUGAUCGGUAA